UGCAGCUAGGGAGAGGUGGAGAGAGAGGGCGAGCAGAGGAGGUUACUUUGGGAAGCCGCACAGCCCGCUCAUCCCAGCUCCGUAGUUCGGAGGGAGUGUGUCAUGUUACAGGGGAGCCACGAUCAGCCAGAGCACAACGUCGCCGGAGCAGCUGAGAAUUACCUCUUUCUAAUGGGGACUUUCAUGUGCGAGCUCCUGGCCAGUCUGCAAAGGAACUGAAACUGGCAGCUUAGAAGGAAACAAAACCCAACCAGCGAACCAAAAGACUGAAACAUAGAAGAGGGGAAAGAAAAAAAAAAUCCUGAUCAGAUUUUUUCCCCCCUCCCACUCUUUGCUGCAGUUGGAUUUUUUUUUUUCUUCUGCAUCCCUUUUAUGUGUGUGUGGUUUGUUUUUAUUUCGUAAAGAUCUCUCCCAUCCACUUCUGUCGUUAUUGCUGUUGUCAUUUGCUGCCACUGGGAUCUCCUCUUGGACGCUCUUUUUUCUAUGCCUUCUGGAUUGUGCUUCUUGGAGUAGGAGUGAGGCUUUAUUUAUUCUAUUUAUUUAUUUAUUGUUUCUCAGGACAGGGAGGGAAUGUUGGAGGAGAAGAGCUGGAAAGGCGUCAGCGAAGCAGCUUUUGACAGGGCGUGCGUGGCUACCCCCAGGACCAACGACAGGGAGAGAUGCUGCCGCCUCCCUCUCCUGCUGGGCUCGGGGCUGCCCGGUAUCUCCCUGCUUUCUCUGGUGCUUAGCCUCCUGCUGUACUUUCGGACCUCUGAUCUGCAGUCCCGGGUGUCCCACUUGGAAGCAGACAGACCCACACAGAUCCCUGCCUGGCUCUCAGCAGACCAAAUGGAGACCGCUAUUUUGGGAAGAGUUGACCAACUGCUUGAUGAGAAAUUAAAGUUCCAUUUGCCAAGGUAUCGAGAAGUUCGAGAUACACACCAGCGAUGCAACUGCCCAGCAGGUCCACCUGGCCUUACAGGAAGACCAGGGCUCCCGGGAGACAAAGGUGCGAUGGGGAUCCCUGGACGGCCGGGAUUAAAAGGGCAACCCGGAGAGAAGGGUGCUCCAGGAGAAGCAGGCAUGUCUAUCAUCGGGCCCCGUGGUCCACCCGGACAGCCUGGAACAAGAGGUUUUCCUGGAUUCCCGGGCCCUAUCGGCUUGGAUGGCAAACCGGGUUACCCUGGACAGAAGGGGGAGAUGGGUGCUGCAGGUCCCAGGGGACAACCCGGACCCCCAGGACAAAAAGGAGAAAAGGGUCAGUGUGCAGAGUACCCACACAGGCUGUUGCCUCUCCUCAAUUCAGUGCGGCUGGCUCCACCUCCGGUCAUAAAGAGACGCACUUUCCAGGGUGAACAAGGACAAGCAGGAAUCCAAGGUCCUCCAGGCCCCCCUGGUCCACCAGGGCCUGCUGGACCGGCUGGACCCGAAGGAAUCCCAGGGCAGCCUGGGCCAAUUGGACCACCUGGCAUAGCUGGAGAACCUGGGAAGCCUGGCAGAGAUGGAAAGGGCUUACCUGGGCCUCCUGGACCAAAGGGGGACCCUGGGAUUCAGGGAUACCCUGGCAGAAAGGGUGAGGUGGGUGAAUCAGGCCUGCCUGGUGCACAUGGGCUCCCUGGAGCUACUGGCCCCAAGGGUGAAAAAGGGGACACUGGCAUAAAGGGGGAGAGAGGCAUGCCAGGGCUGCCAGGAAGACAUGGCACUAAGGGUGCUCCUGGGGUGGCCACCGCAGGGAUGAAGGGUGAGCCCGGGACUCCAGGAGAAAAGGGUGAGAAGGGACGAGCUGGUGACCCUGGGCUUCCGGGACUCCCUGGCACUAAGGGAGAGAAAGGAAAUGCUGAGAAUGCCUUGGUGGGAGGUAAAGGAGAACCUGGCCCUCCAGGUCUGCCUGGGCCUCCUGGACCAAAGGGAGAAGCUGGUGACAUCGGUCGGCCUGGUGCUGCAGGGUCACAGGGGCAAAAGGGAGAACCUGGUUCACCGGGAGCCCAGGGACCCAUGGGCCCAAGGGGCCCCAAAGGAGAGCCUGGGAAGGAUGAAAUGAUGGACUAUGAUGGUAACAUCAGCGAAGCUCUCCAGGAAAUACGAACUUUGGCCUUGAUGGGACCCCCAGGACUUCCAGGUGUGGCUGGGCCUCCAGGGCCUCCAGGACAGAAGGGUGAAAUUGGCUUGCCAGGUCCCCCAGGCCAUGACGGAGAAAAGGGACCACGCGGCAAGCCUGGAGAAAUGGGCCCCCCUGGCCCUCAUGGACUACCAGGAAAGGAUGGACCCCCUGGAAUAAAGGGAGAACCAGGCCAUACUGGGGUCACAGGAGAAAAGGGUGAUAAAGGAGAGCCAGGACAAGCUGGCUCACCAAUAUCUGGACCCCCUGGACCCCAAGGCCCACCAGGACCUCCAGGUCUUCAGGGUCUCCCAGGACCGAAGGGGGAAGCAGGGAUUGAUGGAAUGAAAGGAGAGAAGGGUGCCCAGGGUGAAAAAGGAGACAGAGGGCCACUGGGAUUACCCGGUGCUUCAGGUUUAGACGGCAGGCCUGGACCACCGGGUACUCCAGGACCAAUUGGGGUUUCAGGACCAGCAGGACCAAAAGGAGAAAGGGGUAGUAAAGGAGAUCCUGGAGUUGCAGGACCAAUGGGGCCAGCAGGGCUUCCUGGUUUACAAGGUCUACCUGGGGACAAAGGAAUCCGAGGGGAGAGGGGCAAGAAAGGCUCUAGAGGGUCUAAAGGGGAUAAGGGAGACCAAGGAGCGCCUGGAUUAGAUGCACCCUGUCCGUUGGGGGAAGAUGGCCUUCCAGUUCAAGGCUGCUGGAAUAAGUGAUGAUUCUAACCCUGGACUGGCCUGUGUGUGUUACUGUACAUAGAAUAUUUAUUUUUAUACAGUGUUCUUCUCUGACAUGCCAAAAGUUAUGCAUUUUUACAAAUUAUCAAAAAACUGCGUAUUUUUUGUACAGAAAAUUCUAGAUCUCCCUUCUUCCCCAUUUCUCAGUUCUCUGUAUAAUUCUAUGUCUGCUUUAUGCUUGUUUUGUCAUGGAGUACAGCUGUAAUAUUUACAUGAUAUUUGUGCCCACAUGAUGAAUAUAGGAACUUAAUAAAUUAUUGCAUUGAAAGUGCCCGAAGGAACUGCCCUGUAUAGAUUUAAAGAUCAUUUUCAUUUUCCAAGCUGGAAUCAUUCAUGAAUAUUUCACAAUAUUACGUGUUUUUUAUUAAAGCGAAAUAGUAACAAUUUUGUUGUGACUAAAACCUCCCAGUAGCCACUGUACACUGGGAAUGUAGAGAUUCCAUGAUUAAUAACUAUCAGACAAGGACUGUUUCUCGAUCAGAUUCAGAGCACCAAGCACAGUCCCCUGCCAGCUCCUCAAGAGGCUGAUCCUUGGGCAUGCAGGAAUGGUAACACCUUCUCCAGGAGCUGUGGAGUUACCUUGUACAAAGAGAAUCUCUUAGUCUCUUGUCUCUGGCUAAAAUGGAGCGCUUCCCGUGAGCAGGAAUAACCCUCAGGACGAUGAGCCGUGGUCAGCAAGAAAUUCUAAGAUCUUUCUAAAUUGCAGGCCUGCGAGUAGCUGCAUUAAAGCCUAUGGCAGAAUACUUUGAUGAUAUCCUAAUGGGUGUUUAGUGCAGAAAGCAAUCCACGUGGCUUUUUUUUAAAUGUGAACCAAAGGUCGCAUGCAGAUUUGCAGUGUCAUUAAUAAUUUGCAUCUGUGCAUCUUAAUUAUCCCUCCUGACCUCCCUUUGUUAAUGCCUCAAGUCUGAACUACCCAUCAAGAAAAUGUAUACUACUAGACCAAAGUGAACAUCACAAUAUACUUUUCUUAGAAAAUGAGCAAAGGAGUGAAAGGCUAAAUCUACUCCCUGAAACAUGUCCCCUUUCCUUGACCCUUCAAGUAAGGGGGAAAGCCAGUUUGCAACCCAGAAGUUUCUGGGUGAUAGAGAGAAGUGUCAGUAUUUAAAGAUCCCUGCAGAGAUCAAUUACCCACAAGCAGUAAUUCAUUAGUUACGAUUGAGACACUAAGGUCCUGCUCUUGACACAGCCACUACAAAAGGAGCUAAGCACCCUCUCUCACAGCACCACUGCAUAGCUUUUACCAUCAGAGUUCCUACAGUGUUGUACAUACGGAUCACAGGCUGUGCUCACAACAGCUUCCCCUGGCUGCAGCUGUGUCAGCCGAGGUGGUCACCACAACCACCUCCUGCACUCUGUUAGUCAUCUGUUUACAAACUAUUACUUUUUUCCAACUGAUUCCACACAGCCUUUUAGCACCACCAGAGCACGAUAGAGGGAGAGAUGUGAUUCUCUUGUCCACAACGCCCUGCAGGGACUGCCCAUGGAAAGGAGCCCAGCCCCUGACUGCUGCAAUCCAUUUGUCACUUUACCCUUUCAGAAACUCAUUGGACUUUAUUUAAACACCAGUGAGGUUUCUACCACCCUGUGUCUCCAGCCUCCCCUUCCUACAGGCUGUUCCUGACUCAGAUUGCUCUCGCAGUUUGGAAACUCCUUGCAACUUUCAACCUAAACUAAUUCAUGGUAUUCAGAACCAUUUCUUCUCAUGCCAACAUUGUCCUUUGGAUGAAACUUUUCCAUGCAUGAUGUUCUCAUGAGAUGCUUGGAGAAGCCGAAAUGGCACAGAAAGAAAAAGAACAGCAGAGCUGUGAGGGAUUCUUGUUUGGUUUCUCAGUAAUGUAUCUCAUUAAUGUAAGACCCACUCCCUGUUAGAAGUCUUUGCAGCUGUGAAGCUAAUUGGAACAGCACUUUUUAAAUGAAUGCAACACAAUUGUGCUGUUUUAAUUGUACACCUGUUAACUACAAAACAGUUACUAAAGACCCAAACAGGCAUACUGGUGGUGUCUUGUUUUUGGAAAGUUAUGGUAGUAGCAGCAGUGAAUUUCUACCCAUCUUGUAGCGCUCAGCCCACAAGGUAGGUGGUUUGGAUGCUUCAGCUCCUUAAAAUGAUGGCUCUCUUUAAUCCCCCAAAACUUACAGCUCCCUUACGGAACCUGUCAGUGUUUCCUGUUCCCUUUGGUGUCAGUAGUGUAUUUUUGGUUUGUAACUUACUUGUGAUCGCACUGCAUGGGAUUGCCUUUGCUUGAGUUGUCUGAGCUAAAAGCAAACAGAGUGUACAUAUGUUAUGUUGUCUUGACACUGCUACUGAAAGGUAGAGGAGUCUUAAGAGGCUGUUGCAUCUGGUUUAUUUCUUGGGCUGGUUUUCAUCUGAUAUAGUGGUGAGAAAGCUUUUACCUGAGGCACAGGGGACCUUGAAAUGCAGUUGCCAGAACUCUUGAAAGUACCUGAGCUGUGUCAGCAAAGAGGCAGGGAAUGAGGGAUAGGCUGAGCAAAGGAGUUUGAAUUUUUUGUACUUCCAGCUUUGCCCCAGUGUAACUCUUCUGUUACCAGUGGAGAUGCUCCUGACUUAGGAGCUACAAGAGGCUUUGGUGUCACAGCUUCUAUAGCACUUACCUACUUUCUGUCAGCAAAACGCAGACACACACAGAGAGUGUCAACACAUGUUGUUAUCUUCAUGUCUUUUUUCUUCUUUGUCUUCAUUAUUUUGAAUCAUUCUGUCCAUAUCAUUGGUUUGGUUUCAAAUUAGCUGCUGGACUCUAAAGAUGCUUUAUGUGGGCAGCAGAAUCCAUGACCUUACAAGACUUGUUUAAUGUCCUUUGGCACACCCUGAAAAAGCUGAACACAUUUUAACAAGAAGCAUUUUUAGACCUUUCUGAAUAUGAUAGUUUGGAGGAUAGUCUGCUGACUUGGAAAACUGUUUCAUUUUUACUUUCCUUUGAAAACCAACAGCUCCUUUUCCAUCUUGGCAAAAGGAAUUGCUAGGCUCCAGCUGUAAAGAAAACUCUGCUCUUGGAGCUAAUUCUCAAGGGUGCUGAGGUAGCUGAUUCACACUGGGUUUUUUAGGAAGCAGGUAUCUAAGUGGGAGUUGUACACCAAAAUGCUUCUGUGACACUAAAUGCUGAUAGGUGCUGCCUAGUGUGUAUGAGUAUUUCAUCAAUCCCACAGUGCCUCUCUAGGUUUUGCCUCUGUUGGGCAUUGAGUUGUGAGUGUCUCACACAGCUGAGUACCAAGAGAACACAGCACUUCAGGCAGCAUAUGCAGAGGGAGAGGGAAAGGACCUGAGAUUAUCUGCAGCAUUUGUUUAGAAGGUGAAACAUAACUGCUCUAGUGCUGGGGAAAAACUAUAUGUAAGAUACCUGCUCACCUAUCAUAAGGGUCAGAAAAUGGUGAAAAACAUUCCCUGUGGCUGCUACAGGUCACAACAUGUUUUCACUGUACUAGAUAACCAUUUCAGAUGGCUGUUCCUACAACACCUGAUACCAGUAUAAUCUCAUUGGCCACUGGUGAUGAACCAGAGGUUGUGAAUCAGUGAAAUUUCACUGAUCAGCUGCUCUUUCCAAACAUGAGUGCUUUGCAUUUCAAGAGGAACCUCAAAGGCAAAAGCUGGGCUUGCACCACCCUGAAUGUGACAGCUCAGUUUCAGGAGCCAUCUCUACUAAAACCUGUAACUGGGUUGCUGUCACUGAUGAUUAUUGCUGUUAAUUCUGCCUGGCCGCUUUCAUGUGAAACCAUUUGUGUGCCACUUCAAGGGUCAAACUCCUUGGCUGAUAGCCAAAAAGUGAGACAAGUCUGAGGGUGGAGAAGCUUGGGAAAUGACAGCACAAUGGAAGGAGAAGAAGGACCUUCUUGAAGAUUUGCUGGAGAUGUUUUGCAAGUUCCCUCCCUGGAGCUUGGGAAGAGUUCUUCAACUGCACACCAGGAAUCUGUGCCAGAUGCUGCCUGCUGGGGCUGCAGGAGCUUGGCGUGCCAACGCUUUCUGUUUUGCUUUCUGUACUCUCCCAGAGGCCAGAGGCAGGGUUUGAAAAUGACACCAUUUAUAUUCCUUUUCUUUGGUCAUUUUCACUUCUUUCUAUUAUUGUGGUAAGACUCUUUGGAUGAAGAAUUGGGCUCAUUUUCCAGCAGGCGCUGUAUAAAUGAGUGCAAGACAUGGACAAUAUUUCAGGGGGGGAUCCUUUGAUGCAAGAAAGAAAUCCUUCUUGAACAAUUAUCUUCAGAAAAGUCUGAACCCCCACGUUAGUUCAGAGUGCUGCUCAGAGAGGAUGUGGAAAGCUUUUUGCUACCGUUCUGAUUGCUGACUUUCACCUACAUCAUUGAUGAUUCCGUCUCUAACCUUUUCAUCACAAACUUUCUUCUCCUGUUAAUUAUAAAAAAGUGACGUGUGUUUUUUGCCAAAAAGGGAAAAAGCACGCUGGGUUGUGAAGACAUUAAAUACUUUUGUCAGAGGAGGAGAAUGUGGAGCGUGGAAAAAAACCCUGGUUUCACUGAAUAAUUCCUUUGCUUCCUGUACUUCUGCUUUGGUUUCCACCAUGCACACUGGAUGCAUUUUGUCUGGAGCCCUUUGGAAGUGUUAUUUUGCUGGCCCAUUAAGGCCCUUUUGUGGGUAUGUCUAAGCAGAUGUACUUCCAGAUGGAGAAUGAGGAUCGUUAGAGUCUUUCAUACAUACAGUGAAGAAAAAUAAAGAUAUGGCAAAGUGCUGAGGGGUGCAGAGGACGUUUCCCAGCUGCCUGAAGGGCAGGAUAUACAACUCGGGAUACUUUGUACCAACUGCUGCGCAAAUUUGGCGUCCUUUGCUCGGCUCCCAUUGCUGAAGGUUAAAUUCUGUUCGUGUGUAAGCUAUGGGGUCUUCCCCCUAGAGCUCUUGCAAUUUAUCUUUAAAAAUGCUAAAAUUAAUUAUUAAGUGCAUAUCUUAUGAACAUGACUCAUAACAUUUCUUGUUCACUGAGAACAUUGGGAAUCCCACUUGCCCAAGCACUAAAACACAUAUUUAACUUUGAAUGUGUGAUUCCUUUUGGCCUAACUGAUGCUAUUUGCAUAAUUUAAGUACUCUGGUGAACCAGGGCCAUUAUUAUUAGAGUUAAUGAAUGAUAUUAUCUAAAUCAUUAAGCAGAACCAAAUGGUACGCUAUUCACAUUACAGUUCAGAGAGAAAGUGCUGACUUCAAGUUAAAAGUUAUGUCUUUUAAAUCAGAGCAAGUCCAGAAGGCAAUAGCCUUCCUUCAGCCACCCUUUGUCAGCUCAGCUGGAAUAAUCCUGACCUUUGGAUAAGGACAGCUGUAGCUGGCACCCAUUUCUUCUCAUUGGUGAGGGGAAGGUCUACUGUUAAAAUAAUUCCAGGAUUACAAAGAAGUUCUGCUUUCAGUUCAUCUGAAGAAUAGCAGUUCUUUAAGACUUCUAACAGAGGUAUUCAGCAAGUGGAGUAUUGGGGCACGAAACUGUUUCAGUUAGAAACCAGUCUGAUGAAAGGGUGAAGUUAUUUCAUUUGUAUUUUUUAUUUUUACAUUUUUUUUGUGGGGGGCAGAGGGAGAACCUGACCAGAACUGCAGGCGGUAGGUGCGCUUUUUUCCUUCUUUUGUAAUGAAAACAAUUAGAUCUAUAGUUUGAUAAUGUGACUUUACUUUUUAUUAAUGAUUGGGGCGGGGGGGAUUUGUUUGCUCUUUAGUGUUUUCUUCUAGGUAUAUUUCUAAUGGGCUUUUGGAAUAAGUGUGUAAAAAUUCCUCACCCAAAAUGUCCUAAGGACAUUCCUACUGUGUUUUCUCUCCCUGAGUUCAGUAGCAAAACGGUGCUUUCUAGAGGUGAACCAGUUUUCAGUGGUGAUAAUCCAUCCAUGCAGGCCACCCCCAGGGACCAGGUACCAGUGACCUCUCCCAGACAAAACGGUGUCUCCAAAACACUUGUACAUUUACACAGCUGAAAAGGGCUAUGGCAGGGACCACUCUAUUGCAAGUGGUCUCCCCCGACCUUAGGAGGUCUGUCAGGAAGCAGUUAGUCUGGCAAGAGUCGCUGUGUCCUCCUCAGCAGCAUUCUAGAGCCUGAGCUCCCAGGCUUAGCUACAGAGCUCGGGAAGAGCAAGUAAAAGAAACGUUUUUCCUUGAGAAUGGCAAGUUCUUGGUAGGUACCCAUGAAAGUGUUGUUGUCUCUUCCUGUUGUUUUCCCCUCCUCUAAAUCCAGCAAUGCACCCCCUUUACCUUUAGGCUUUGCUUCACGCUGAGUCUACACUCAAAUUCUUUGCUGGAUGAGGGUCUCCUUUUACACUUUUUUGGGGUUGGGUUGCUUUUACGUUAAGGGUUGGUUUUUUCCCCUCUGCUUUUGUCCCUGUUGCUUCCAGAUCUUUGUCCCAGACAAAACAGCUACCUUAUUUCUUUCAUUUUCUGAAGACCUGUUGGUCACAUUUGGAUCACUUUCCCACUUACUUGUAUUAUCUACCCUUCCUGUUGUACUUCCUCCCUUCUUAUACCCCUUUGUUAUUGAACAUUUUGACCCGAUGAAAACAUCCAGGCAAAACAUGCAUUAAACCUGUGGAUGUUUGUGGGUAUUUUUUGGAGUUGACUGCAAAGCUUCUUGUGUUUAAAAUGCUAGGUAGCCAGACCAGUUUAGCUUUGCAAAUUUCUUACGACUUUGUUUGCUUGUUGAAGUUAUUAAAUAAAUUUGUUCUUUUUUAAAUCAGACUCAGAAUUACUCAAAAUACUGCAGAUUUUUUCUUUUACAGAAAAAACUGCUAACACUUCUUUUUGCUGCAAAACAUGGCUUUGUUGACCUGCUGUCACAAGGUUUAGUAGGUCAGACAUGUUAAGGAUAGGUAUGAGAGGACUGGUUGUGAAACUUAUGGGGUGGGACUAGCAUUCUUGCUUUCCAUUGCACACUGUUUGUCAGUCCAUUGACUCUGGCAGGGGUGUGCUGGGAGGGUGAAAUUCCAUUUUAUGAUAAUUCCAUUGUUUUUUCACAGCAAUGUUUCAAAAUAUUGCUUCAGUACAUCUUCUUUCUACUCUCCUGCAGAGAUUUGCUUUUACUCUCAUGUUGCACACCACCAGCAGUGCCACAGACCAAGCAGUUUCGCCCUUUUUGGGUCUUCUAAAGGGACUGUGCUAGCUCCUGAAAUUCCACAGCUGUUUCUGCAGCGGUUUUAAGUCAGUGAAAAGGAGAAAUAGAUAUUUGGCAGCAAGACUGGGUAGGUCACCAUAAGCAGAAUCUUUCUCUGAGCCUGGCUCCUAGCUAUUCGCUUGUUGCCUUCUCCAUUACCAUCCCCUCACUGUGCCAACAGAGCUGUCUGUGUGGUCACAGACUGACCCUGCUGAGAACCGAUCUACCUUAAAAACCAGCCCCUCAAAACAACAGAGUACCUAAAGUGAGAAAGCAAAAGGGAAAGCUUAUGCCAGCGUGGCCACAGAAGUGCGUGUGGACCUGCAGCCUGUGACUUCACUAGGGGCAGAGGCAUGCAAGUGGGCAUGAAGAAGGGAGGUGGAGCAGAAGCAGCAGACAAGGCACCACAGGAGAGGCCUCCAGUGGCCUAAUCUAGGCUUCUUCUCAGCUGCAGCGUGCACUUAAUGCUAAAUCAUUCUUUACACUUUAACCAAACAGGAUUACUCUGUUAUUCCUUCUUGUCCCUCACCAUUUAAAUAUUAAUGUAGAGUAAAUUGGGGCAGAAUGUUGUCAUGUUUCUUCCUGCCCUGAUAAAAGGAGGACUGGGAGCAUCCCCUUCAUGCAGGGUGUAAUAGCCUGACUCCACAACAGUCUCAUUGUUCUUCAUGAUGCAAAAUUAACUCCGGAUGUUGAACAGCACAGUAAUGGGAGGGAGGUUCUGAUUUAUGGGGAAAGCCUGCAGGUAUCAUGGGCUCCUCAAAGGUACAAUUUGCAGUGCCAGAUUUGCAGGCUAUAUCUAUGUUACUAAUUGGUGCAGUAUGAGAAGAGUAGGUCUAAAGAGCAAAACAGGUCCCCACCAAGGAACUAUCUGGUUUCAGGAGGCUUAAUUUUUGACUGCUCUAGUCUGGCUUAGGGGUUAGUGAACCACUGAUCACUCCCAUUAGUAGCUGGGAUGCAGGACGUGUGCUACUGGAGCUCACCUUCUGGUUCUGUUUUAUCUAGCAGGAAUCCAUUUGGUGUAUUCAGAGACUAUUUUGUGCUAUGAUCCAAAGCACAACAUGUGGACACGAUCUAGAGGUUUGCUUUGAAGGUGCAGCUCUGGUCUGGAACGUGGUGCCAAUACAACAUGCACUACACCAUGCUCUGAACCAUGCUGUGCCAUGUGGGAGCCUGUCUUGCCAAGUGGGUGGGAGCAGAAUGUUGUCCACCCUUGUGAGUCAGCUCUACCAAGCAAGCUGUGUGGUGCCAAGACACCCUGUUAGCAUUUGUAGUCCUCAGAGCAAUAGGAAACUGCCUCCCGUGUGUACCUUCCCCACUCCUGGAAUGCUUGAGUCAUUGGCACUGCCUCUGUUUCUCAUCUUCAUAGAAUUUGGACACCAAAUUCUCUGAUAUAGGGACACUUUCUGUCAAAGAUCUGUUCAUCAGCCAUCAGUCAAACAUGAAUGGCCUAAUCCCUGCAGGAGAAGGAUUUCUGAAGCAAUUUGUUCUUGUUACAUACCUGAUUUCCUUGACUUUUGCAAGAUAUUUUACUACUCUUCCCCCUUUGGUGGCAUAGAAUGUACAAUAUUUAAUAUAUCUGUAGUGAAGUGAUGAGUCAUGAGUAGAUCUUGUCAGGGCAUUGUUUCUGCAUAUCUCUUACAUACACUGACUGUUGGAGUCAUUUAAAUCUGAAUACACUUUUUACACUUUUUUUAUAUUGAACUUUUUAGCCUGUAUAUUAAAUAUCCAAUGCUAUUUAGCAUUCAUUAAUGUAAGUGCUGUAAUAUACUUUUUGUGUUACCAGUAAUUAUUACUGUCAUUGUAUUGAUUCUAAGACAUUAUUUUGACUUCUUUUGGUAGAGUUUAGCUACUUGGAAUUUUUUGGCCUUCAAAAGGAUUCCAUACUAAAUAACCGCUAGAAUGAAGAGAAGAAAGGGCUGUUCUUUCCCACAAUCUUUUUAACCUCAGUAGGAGCUUCUUCAGCUAAAAUGAGCAUUUGCUUUUACUUUUCAACCUCUUCCUUGCUAAUGUGAUAACAUUGAUUUGCUUUGUCUUUUGAUCCUGGAAAUUCUGAAUUCCAUGUUGACCAUUUCUAUCAAUACUGUAGAAAACCAGAGACAGCUGUUCCAUAAAGCGUUACUGAUCAUAACAACUAAAAUACUGUAAUUAGUUUGCUUUUCUCUACUAAUCUUUUUCCACUAUUAAGUUUUUUUAGCAAGUGAUACGUGUGAUAACAGUUGAGAAGACAUUAAAGGAUUAAACACUUCACAUAUACAAGGAGAGGGAUUCAGCUGAAUUAUUUCCAUCUCUAUGAAUGAAAAAUAGCUUAUGAACUUUUAUGUCAGAACAAACGCUGUGCCCUGGAUACCUCUUUCUUGUGUCCACUACCUAAUCCAGUGGUUUCAGUGAAACCACAUCUGUCCUUGGAACUAGGGGAAAUUUAAAGAACUCCCUGAAUCACUGCUCAGUACUAAAUCAAGUUCAGUUUUGUAAAAGAAAACUGCUUCAUAAUUAUGGCAUCCUUAAAGCAUUUCCACCUUCUUGUAGAAGAUGGAGAGUUUGUAUGUUUAAUCCAUGAGUAUCCAUUUAUCAGAUACAGAAAUAGUGCUCAUUUGAUUCAGAAGUGAUAUUUUAUAUUAUGAUGAAAACUGCUACACAAGAGCUGUAUAUUGCUAUUUAAAUACCUUAGCCUAUUCACUACAUCAUUAUGAGAAUACAGAUGGGAGAUUCCAGGACAAAGUUAAUUUAGGAAAUGGACUUUUGGAAAACGGAAGGAGGGAUUGAAAAAGCAGACCAGGAGGUAAUGAACUUGUCUUGGACUGGAUGGUUGUUACAAUGGUAAAUGUGGCACUGUAUUUAAAGUGUCAUCCCAUAAUUUUCCAAGAGGAGUCUGAUGAAUUCCCUGUGCCUUGUGUUGAAGCUUUACACCUUUGUGUCAAUGCUUUAGUAAGGUUUCUAUUUUAAUUUGUGUGCCGUACAUAUUCCAGUACAAUCUUCAUUUGUUACACACGAUGUACAUACUUUCUUCUCCCUUUUGUAAAGAUAGCUGUUUACUUACAUAGUUUGUCUUUUGUAAAUGACAGCUAAUGCAAAUAAUAAACCAUAAAGUCACUUAA